UUAUAUUGUCAUAUUUUGUCGUGCAGGCACACCGUUUAGCCAUCAACCAUGUCGCAGACCUUUUACACCAUGAGAAUAUUUGUAGUUGCAAUUUGCAUAUGCGGCGUCUUGGGUAGACCGGAAGGUGGUCCAGUGAAAAGAGCCACUCCAAUCCAAGGAGGGCAACAGUCUCAGUCGAGCACUCCCUUUCCCCAAGUUCCCAACGACGUUCUUGAAAGCGCUCUCAAGGACCGACGUUUUGUCGAGAGACAGUUGAAAUGUGCAACUGGUACCGGACCGUGUGAUCCCAUUGGCAGGAAACUCAAAGUAAGCGCCCCGUUGGUCUUAAGAGGAAUGUGCGCUAAAUGCUCGCCGACCGAAGUAAAACAAGUGGAACGCGUCCUGUCGCACUUACAAACCAAUUACCCAACCGAGUACUCUAAAAUCAUUAAAGAAUACCAAUCACAAGAGUCCAAGAGUACUGGGGAUCUUAAAGACAAGAAAGGCGGCGCCUGAGCACCCGAGGCCGACAGU